AGUUGCAACAGGCAACAGGCAGUAGCUGUCGUCUCGAUAACGAUUCGUGACGCGUGAUUCAAUUUUUCCGUUGUAAUUCAAAAUUUCUGAGGGAAAUAAACAGCUAUAUUUGGCUGUGCUUGCGCUAGGUGAAACAUCGAAUUGAGAGUUGUACGGUGUUUGCGUCGAGAAUCAGAGUGACAAUCGAAGAACCUUCGAACAGUUCGGAAGUGCGAUACGUUCGAUCGAUUCUCUGGUGACAGUGUUUUCGCGAAACAGCUGUCCAUUUCUCAAGACUCGCGCAUGCUUGUUCCGAUAAAGUCUGCUGCGGGACCAGUGCGACACGUUCAAAAAGAAUUUGCAAUCGGUUUAUGAGGUUAUGUUGGAGUCGGAAUCAAGAUUCGUCGAUCGUGUGUGACGAGCACGUGGUGGACACGAUUUACGCGCAUGUCAUUCGAAGAACGCGCCACUAAUACGGUCGUCUAAAAACGGACGCGAACGUUUCCUCAUUGUGUUCCUUCCUUCGUCCAUCUCGCUGCUUCUGUCCUCCUUCGACUUUGUUCCGGAUCUGACCGAACGGGGAACGGUAAGCGAGGGACGCGCGCGCGGGCUUCAAAGUUCUCGAAGAGGAUCGACGAGAAGCUCGAACCAUGGGCCGGACGGUGACGGUGGCGGCCUGCACGCUGAACCAGUGGGCGAUGGACUUCAGCGGGAACUCCAGAAGGAUCUUGCAGAGCAUCCAGGAGGCUAAGGAAGCCGGCGCUACUUACAGGAGCGGCCCGGAACUCGAAAUAUGCGGUUACAGUUGCGAGGACCAUUUCUACGAGCCGGACACUCUGCUGCACAGCUGGGAAGCGCUCGCGACGAUCGUCAAGUCGCCCGUCGCGGAGAACAUCCUGGUGGACGUCGGCAUGCCGGUGAUGCACAAGAACGUCACCUACAAUUGCAGGGUGGUCUUCCUGAACCAGCGCAUCCUGCUGAUCAGACCGAAGAUGCGGAUGUGCGAGGACGGGAAUUACAGGGAAUCUAGGUGGUUCUCCGCUUGGACCAAGGAGCGAACCGUGGAGCUGUACUAUCUGCCGCGAAUCAUCUCUCAGGUGACCAGGCAAUGGACGGUGCCGUUCGGCGACGCCGUGAUCUCCACGAAGGACACCUGCGUGGGCUUCGAGAUCUGCGAGGAGCUCUGGAACCCUAUGAGCAACCACAUCCCCAUGGGCUUGGACGGCGUCGAGAUCAUUUCGAACGGUAGCGGCUCGUAUUUCGAACUUCGCAAGGGACACGUGACCGUGGACUUGGUCAAGUCGGCCACGUUCAAGUCGGGCGGCUGUUACAUGUUCAGCAAUCUGCGCGGCUGCGACGGCGGCAGGCUCUACUUCAACGGAGGAUCCUCCGUCUCCUUGAACGGACAGAUACUGAAACGCGGCAAGCAGUUCGCCCUGGACGACGUGGAGGUCGUGGUCGCCACGUUCGACCUGGAGGACAUAAGGAGUUACAGAAACAACAUCAGGUCCCGUACCCACGCUGCCGCGAAAUCGCCGAGCUACCCGCGCAUCAAGGCGAACUUCGCUCUGACCUCGGACAAUCUGAUGUCGAGGUCGCCGGAUCGACCGAUCGACGUCGACCUGGGCCCUUACGAGAACGAUCGCCCGACGGAGAAGCUUGUCCAUCACACGCCGGAAGAGGAGAUAUCUAUGGCGCCUGCUUGCUGGCUCUGGGACUACCUCAGGCGUUCCUGCCAGGGCGGAUUCUUCUUGCCGUUGAGCGGCGGGGUCGAUUCUGCUUCCUCGGCGUGUAUGGUUUACUCGAUGUGCGACAUGAUCGUCGAUUCCGUGAACAGAGGAGAUGCCCAGGUGCUCUCGGAGAUCCGGAAGAUCGUCGGCGACUGCGAGUACGUGCCGACGGAUCCCAAGCAGCUCUGCAACACGAUCCUCGUGACCUGUUACAUGGGCACCGAGAACUCGUCGGCGGAGACCAAGGCACGAGCGGCGGAGUUGGCCAGUCAGAUCGGCUCGUACCAUCACAGCAUAGCGAUCGACGUGGCAGUCACGGCUAUCCUGACCAUUUUCCAACAAGUGACCAAGCUGGUGCCGAGGUUCAAGGUUCAGGGAGGAUCUCCGAGGGAGAAUCUGGCGCUGCAGAACAUACAAGCGCGGUUGAGAAUGGUGAUAGCCUACCUGUUCGCUCAGCUGAUGCUGUGGGUGAGAGGUCGUCCCGGCGGUCUGCUCGUGCUCGGCAGCAGCAACGUCGACGAAGCUCUUCGGGGAUACUUCACCAAAUACGACUGCAGCAGCGCGGACGUGAAUCCGAUCGGCGGAAUCGCGAAGAACGACCUUAAAUCGUUCCUCGGUUAUUUCAGGAGAAAAUACUCGAUAUCGGCGCUGGACGGGAUCCUGAACGCUCUGCCGACCGCGGAACUCGAGCCGCUCCAAGGCGGACAACUCGCUCAGCUCGACGAAGUGGACAUGGGCAUGACCUACCACGAGCUCGGCACCUUCGGUCGCCUGAGAAAGCAGGACUGUGCCGGGCCCUUCUCCAUGUUCUGCAGGCUGGUCCACAUGUGGGACAAGUGUUCUCCGGAAGAAGUACGAUCGCAACUUCGCGUAUCGAAUUCUACGGUUCACCCGGUGGUUGAUAUACGCGGGCGUUCGUUGCAGGUUGCGGACAAGGUGAAACACUUCUACAGGUGUUACGCCAUCAAUCGGCACAAGAUGACCAUCCUGACGCCGUCCUGCCACGCCGAGACCUAUAGUCCCGACGACAACAGAUUCGAUCACCGACCGUUCCUCUACAACCACGCGUGGAAGUGGCAGUUCAACGCGAUCGACGAACAGGUGAAAAUUCUUACCGCUAACGACGAGAAGCCGCCGCGUGGCCGGAAGGAUGCACCGACGAAGGCGGCGCCGCCGCCGGUUCAACCCAGAUACAUGUCGUUCAGCUCUGUGAUGAUCAGUGAGUAAUUAAAACAAACAACGUGCGAUAUCGUUGACGAGGCGCUCGAAUCGUGGGCCCGACAUCGGCGCUGCGAGCCGAAUCAACGAUCACCGAUAAACGAACCGAAAUAAAAGAUCGAAAGCGAAAAAAGCUGGGGCGUCGCGGAGGAGUCAUCCCCCUGCGAUCGUUGCCCCACCCUCUAUAACUCGCACGUGCCCCGCCUUAGUCCCGUGGGAAUCAGCAUCAUCAAAAAGGCGUCAUUCUCUGUUGCAGAUAAAACGCAUCCUGGAGUAGUAGUUUAACCCGUAGCAGUGUGUAGCACACUCUGUCUGUCUCUUAUCAUUUUGCAAUUGCAGCUGAGCGAGCGCGCCGAUCGACGCCGUUUUCCGUUUUGCCGGCCGAUUCGAACGGAUGGAUCGGAUCCGUCGACGUUUCCGCCCUAGUUGGAAGCCGAUCGUCGAGAAAACCCGGUUUGCGGUUCGCCGUUUACAGACUCUCGCGUCUAAGGAUCCGGUGACACCGUAGACUGCAUUAUAUUAAUGCAAUCUGUUCGGUGGUAGCGAAGUCGGUACUUCGCGAUCAAUUAUCAAGCACGAGAUUCGAUACACGGAAAUAUAACGUAUUUAUGCAGA